GUAUGGUUCAUCCUCAAAAUCUUCCCCACGUUAGUAUGAAAUUCGCGCAAACGAGAAGUAUUAGAUCUGGCACUAUCUACAUUGUAGGGAAGAUCAAUCGCGUAAACACAGAGAUAAAGGUGUAAAAUCUUCUACACAAGCGCCCAGUGCAUUUCUUACAAGUUGACUCAAAGGUUGAAGCUUAACAGUUCAUGGAAAGCACCAAACACUGCUUUGGAGUGGUCAAUGUUUAAAAAACCCUAAGCUUUGUCAAUUUGCGGAGAGAAAAUGGGAGGAAGGAGUAGCAGUAUUACGAUUGGGAGAUACAAUUAUGUACAUGAUGUUGGUAAAGGGCCGCCCACUGAAGCCAUAGAUGUCCACCAUGUUAUGAUUCAAGAAAUUCCUUACCCAAUGCUUCAAUUUUACUCACAUUUCUCCUCCUCUCAGCCUACAUCUGCGCUCUACUUGUACUGGUCAGGUCUAGUGCUGCUCUUCUUUACAGCCUACUUGUUGUGGCAUCACUCAUCUGGAUUAAUCUAAAGCUAGUUGUCAGAGGAAUUGGAUAUCUCUUGACAUAAGGAAAUCCAAUGGUAAUGUAUUGAAUGUGCAUUUAAUGCACAGCUCUUGGAUGUUUUCCACAUCAAGGGGUGUUUCACUACUUAGGAGAAAAUAGCAACAUUCAACGAAUACAUGAUUUCUUGGUCAAGAAUUUAUUGCUUUGAUGUUCCCUUUAAGAUCCCAUAUCUCAUUUAACUACUUUGGUUGCCAUAUUUUUAUGCAUGGAAUAAAAAUUUGUACCAUGAUGAAACUGACUCUUUCUUUUAAUGGGAGGAGUACUUUUCUUCUCUUGUUCUGUCACUCACUUUUUUGGUUUGUGCGUAACAGAGUCUGUAAUAAUUUUUCCUGCUUUUGGAGUUCAGAUUGAGACUCAAUACCAAAGCGGGAGAAUCGUUCGACGCUUUGUUCCUACUUGCAAGAUCUUGAAACCUGUGCUGAAUGAAUGUGUGACCCCCAUUACUUGUUACUGGACCCUCUCUCUGACUAUUCACGGAGAAGAUGAUCUUCUUUUAGUUUUCAAGGUGUCACGUCCUUCCGCAAAAAUUUUGGUGCCUAUUUGGAAGGCUUUAUGUGCUUGCGUUGAAUGUGGAGAAGGAAAGGAGCCAGUGUAGGAAACAUGACACUGCUCUCCAAGAUGGAUCCUAUUUUUCGUGCUCUACAGCUAUUAACACAUUCUUUAGUUUGUCAAGAACGAAGCUUCUCUUUUUUGUGCACAUACGAAGAUAUCUUACCUUCCAUCUGAGUAUGGGUUAGUUGUAUUCUCCCUCUCUUUGCAAAUCAAAGUGAAGGGGCAUCAUCAUCUUACCAACUGUCUAGCUAUACUAUUAGUGUUAGAAACCAUGAAAUUGAGUACAUUGCUCUAAUUUUGACUACCCAGUGAGUAACAUCAUAAACAUACCUAGUACCUACAUACCAUGUUUAUGAAAUUGGAAAAUUAUAUAAAUUAAAAAAGAAAAUGACUUGCAGAGCAGAGGUAGGAUGGCAGAUGGCAGAAGCAGCCAUAGUUGCGAUCGGGGUGAGUUGAUAGGUGUAUGAAACCAACUUUAUUUUUGAGUAACAUAACAAUAGUUUUGUGAUUGACUUUAUUUCAAAAUGGUGUUCUUGUACUUUGUGAGUUGGGUGAUAUUUUGCAGUCAUGAAACUCCAAAUACUAUUAGUCUAUAUGGCUCUCUCUCAUUCAUACAUGUGUUCUCAAGUAACACUAGGAAUAAAUAAAACGAUACCCUCAC